CCGUAGGCCAGCCUGAACGACAUAGCACCCCCCCUCACAGUGGGGAUGGAUCGCCACGCGCCACACCCAAACGGCCCGCCCUCCCACGACAUUGACCUGAGAAUCCGUGCCCUUACCACGAUCCUGUCAAUCCUUGAUCCUCAAGCUAGCUCUCCUACCCGAGGCCCCUCAUCAAUCGAGUUCAAAAUUGCGAUGCAUAUUGCCACGCUCCUCACCCGUGGUGCGGACAAGAAGGAAGACAUGAUGAGGCCGAACAUUCGACCGAUCGCAGUCGCUACACGGACGACGGUGGAUUCCGUGAAUAUCCUUGCGACGAUUGAUAAAGACAACAACGAAUAUCCAAAUGCCCCUGAGAGUGGGCUCUCAAACGAUUUUGUCAUCAGGCAGAACCCCACAUCACAUGGCGAUGCAUUUGGUGUCACUGAGAUCGAAUCUAAACAUCUAGACGACGUCCAACUCGACGAACUCUUGAGCAGUGACCGCUCUCCAGAGGAUAUCACUCUGAGUCAGCAUGCAGCAGACGUCAUGUCUUUAUUUAACAAUAUCCGCACCGUACGGCAAGGUGGAACCAAACAGGCCGAUAUCGUUCAACGUAUCACUACAUUCAUCGCUCGGCGAUGUGCCCCGAUCAUCUCCCAUCGACUCCGAUCCGACAAGUUCAUCUUUCAAGACACGACAUUAGAUAAGAUUCUCCAAGGAUGGAAGCCCAGCGACAGGGAUCAUUUUGUGAAGAAGGAAUGUGAAAUACCAGAACACCUUAUUAUCCUAUUCCGGACGAUGGGCAUCGAAUGUCGAGAGUCCGAUGGGAAAUAUUUUGCACCAUGGACGAAGGACAUAGCUCCAGCUUGGAUGGAAACAUUUCUAUCGUGCCUAUCAUUGUGCAAGGAUUGUUUCAAGCUAGACGGCAACAGAGUGGCACGCGACACCACCACGGGCGCGAUUGCUCUAAAAUUGCUCCAAGCAUUGGUCACAUCAGAGGGGUUCAAAUAUCUGCUUGAACUAAGGUCUGUUAGUGCUAUCCUGGACCGAGAAGUGUUCAACCGUCGGCGAGCUCGCUCCAAUACUGAAACCCCAGAAGACUCCACUGAUCCCCAAAGGCAGACUCUUGACGACACAUAUGGCGACAAUUUAGAGCUCACUGCUGAGACAGAAGAGGACUCGGUCGCUCUUACCAUGCGAUACCUUGGUAAUGCCGUUGCAUGGAUCACUGCGACAGAUUUCUUAUUUUCCAGUUCACGUAUACGACGUACCCCAAGGCUUCGUCUCCAUCUCGCGAUUACAGCUCCUCCUGUCGAACCGGAAGCAAUGGCAGAUGCACAACCAAUCUUCACCCAUAUAUUCAACAAAUCCCUUCAAGACCGGGACAAUCAGUCCAAAGUUCGCAACUUGAUUGUGCAUUCAUGGUUGGAGGAAUUUGCUCGGAAGCUUCCGAAGCCCAAGCAGUUUCAUGGUACAGUCCACUGUGAAGCAUCUCUGAUGGGUGCCAUUGUACAGUACAAUGGCCAAGGCAACAUGCAGAAUAUCCGACUUCCGGACAUAUUUCAUAGCACUACCAAUAAGCCAAGGACAAUUGGAGUUGCUAAAAAAUGUUGCUGGUGCUGCAACAUGCUUGCAACCCUCCUGAACUCAACAGAUAUCCAGUUCAGCCUCCCAGGCUCACAUGGUCGAAUAUUCCCAUGGGCCCUUCCCAGGAUUGGAAUAUCUUAUGAAGUUGCUUGCUCCCUUGAGGAUAAGCUUCAAAAACAACUGUCACUGGCAAUUUGGAAGAGGGUGGACAAACUAAAACAUAUACCUGAAAGCCAGACAAGCAGCCCUGGGGCACUAGACAGCAGUGGUGGUGGGCUUGCAGGUAAUUGGGAGGAAGCAAUGAAGGAAGUGCAAUGUAGAUUGCACAAAAAAAAUUGACCUGUUUCUUUGGCUUUGAAUCCCUGUACCAGCCAAACUCUCAAUCCUGAUCCCAUGCUAUUUGUUAGAAUGCGCGGAUUCGGAUGACUCUGGAGUGGAAUCAGAGACUUAGCAUGGAAGGACCUCGGCCUCAGCAACUCAGGUGGAGCGCUGUGCCAUUGCUGGUUGUCCUGGGGGUCCCUAAUUUCGGAUCUAGCAGAGGGAAAGUCUCUUGGGGGAAUUCAUGUCGAUUUCGGACUGAGGUUACAAGUUACUAGGUACAUUGUAUAUAAGGAGGGGUCCG